CUAGCCAGCACAGCCCCCUGCUGUCAACACAGCAGUGUAGCUAGUAAAGCUCCGACAAUUGCUUACAUUUAUCCUGAAAUGAAUUACUGAAAACGGGUCCUUUAAAACAUUUUUUUUGCGUUACGUUUAGAGUUUGUUGGAUUGCUAAUGGCGUGACAUAUGACGAUAAAACGUACUAGUUCACGUUAUCUUGCUCGCUAGCCAUAGAACCAACUAACGUUACCUAACUCCAAUCGUCAUUGUCAGUAUCCGAGGAUGAAUCUCUUUAACUUUUACUAGCUAGUUAAUAAAAUAGUUUUUUUUAUGGACCUGGACAGAUUACAAUCCACACUUGGGCAUGUUUAAUGUUUCCAAAUCUGGUUCAGGCUUGUUGGCCGGUUAAUGCAUAGAGUUAAGAGGGUGAAACUUGAAGACGAAACAGAAGGUAGUUGGAAAAGUUAUUCAGCUUUCAGAAUGACUGCUGUAGAUGAGCUCUCAGACAGCUCGGAGGUAGUGGAGAUGGAGGAUGUGCCCUCCCAGUUCUUUGUGGAGAAGCACUCGUGGGACGGCCUGCGGAACAUCAUCCAUAGUAGCCGCAAGUACACGGGCAUGGUCAUCAACAAGGCCCCGCACGACUUCCAGUUUGUCCAGAGGCAGGACGAGUCAGGCCCAUACUCCCAUCGACUCUACUACCUUGGAAUGCCCUAUGGAAGUAGAGAGAACUCAUUACUUUACUCAGAGAUUCCCAAGAAGAUUCGGAAAGAGGCCCUUCUGGUGUUGUCGUGGAAACAGAUGCUAGAUCACUUUCAGGCCACCCCUCAUCAUGGGGUGUACUCCCGGGAGGAGGAGCUGCUGAGGGAGAGAAAGCGUCUGGGGGUCUUUGGGAUCACAUCGUAUGAUUAUCACGCCGAGAGCGGCCUUUUCCUGUUCCAGGCCAGCAACAGCCUGUUCUACUGUCGGGACGGAGGCCAUAAUGGCUUCAUUCAGGUGUCCCCCAUGAAGCCUGUAGAGAUUAAGACCCAAUGCUCAGGCACUCGAAUGGACCCCAAGAUCUCCCCAGGCGACCCCACCUUCAUGGCCUUCAUCAAUAGCAACGACCUGUGGGUGGCCAGCAUCGAGACUGGGGAGGAGAGGAGACUCACCUACUGCCAUAAAGGGAUGAAUAAUGUGAAGGAGGACCCCAAGUCUGCAGGCAUUGCCACCUUUGUAAUCCAGGAGGAGUUUGACCGCUUCACGGGCUACUGGUGGUCGCCAGCUGCUCCUGAAGACCCAGAUGGGGGGAAGACCCUCCAGUUACUCUAUGAGGAGGUGGAUGAGUCAGAGGUGGAGUUAAUUCACGUUCCCUCCCCAGCCCUGGAGGAGCGCAAGGCUGAUGUUUACAGAUACCCCCGCACAGGGAGUAAGAAUCCUCAAAUUACUUUCAAACUGGUAGAAAUCAGAACCGACCACCUUGGCAGAAUUGUAAGCACCCAGGACAAGGAGUUGGUCCUGCCUUUUACCACCCUGUUCCCUGGGGUUGAGUACAUCGCCCGCGCCGGCUGGACAAAAGACGGCAAAUAUGCAUGGGCGGUACUGCUGGACAGGAGCCAACAGAGGCUCCAGUUGGUCCUGCUGCCCCCGGCCCUGUUCAUCCCUGUAACCCAGGACCAGGCCCAACGAGAGGAGAGUGUGGGGGCUGUGCCAGAGUUGGUUCACCCUUUCAUCAUCUACGAGGAGAUCACCGACAUCUGGAUCAACGUCCAUGACAUAUUUUAUCCUUUCAUUCAAACAAACGAUGAUGAGAUCACCUUCCUCUGGGCGAACGAGUCCAAAACUGGCUUCUGCCAUUUGUACAAAGUCACCACGCUGUUACAACAGGGCUGCUACCAGUGGACCAGAGACUACAUGCAGACAGAGGAGGACUUUAAAUGCCCGAUCAAGGAAGAGGUGACGUUAACCAGUGGAGAGUGGGAGGUGUUGGCCAGACAUGGCUCCAAGAUCUGGGUGAACGAGGCUACCCAGCUGGUGUACUUCCAAGGCACGCGGGACACGCCCCUGGAGCAUCACCUAUACACUGUGAGCUACGACUCCCCGGGGGAUAUGGUCAGGCUGACCAAGCCAGGCUUCUCUCACAGCUGCUCUGUAAGCCAGAAUUUUGACAUGUUUGUCAGCCAUUACAGUAAUGUCAGCACACCUCCCUGCGUCCACAUCUACAAGCUGAUGGGCCCAGAGAGUGACCCACUGCACAAGGAGCCUGAAUUCUGGGCUAGCAUGAUGGAGGCCACAGGGCGCCCAGGAGAUUACAUCCCACCAGAGAUCUUUACUUUCCCAGGGAAUUCAGGGUUCCACCUCUACGGCAUGUUGUACAAACCACACAACUUGUUACCUGGCAGGAAGCACCCUACAAUCGUCUUUGUGUAUGGAGGCCCCCAGGUGCAGUUAGUAAAUAACACAUACAAAGGAGUGAAGUACCUGAGACUAAAUACGCUAGCGUCACUAGGCUACGCCGUCGUGGUCAUUGACGGGAGAGGCUCCUGUCAGAGAGGCCUCAAGUUCGAGGGGGCUCUGAAAAACAAAAUGGGCCAGGUGGAGAUCGAGGACCAGGUGGAGGGGCUGCAGUACGUGGCUGAAAACUACACGUUUGUGGACCUGAGUCGCGUGGCCAUCCACGGCUGGUCUUACGGAGGCUUCCUCUCCCUCAUGGGCCUCGUCCACAGGCCCAACGUCUUCAAGGUGGCCAUAGCGGGUGCCCCUGUGACUGUGUGGAUGGCCUAUGACACAGGUUAUACGGAGCGCUACAUGGACCUACCUGAGAACAACCAGCAGGGAUACGAAGCCGGUUCUGUCGCCUUGCACGUAGACAAGCUGCCCAGCGAGCCUAACCGGUUACUUAUAUUACAUGGAUUCCUUGACGAGAAUGUGCACUUUUUCCACACCAACUUCCUGGUGUCUCAACUGAUCCGUGCGGGGAAGCCGUAUCAGCUACAGAUCUACCCCAAUGAGAGACACAGCAUCCGCUGCCCAGAGUCUGGAGAGCACUAUGAGAUUAUGCUGCUGCACUUCCUCCAGCAGUACCUCUGAAGGCUGCAGUUGAAUGAACAGAACCACUGCACCCCCCCUUGCCCAAUGUUACCGUGCCCCUUCACAUAUACCACAGGAGGCUGGUGAGUGGAGGACUGGUCAUAAUAGCUGGAAUGGAAUGGUAUCAAACAUGUCUGAUGUAUUUUUAACCAUUCAAUUUAUCCCGUUCCAUCCAUUACUAUGAGCUGGUCCUCCCCAAUUAAGGUGCCACCUGUUAUAAACACACUGUGCCCCAUCUGCGAUUUGCAUCCGAUCCCUCACACCACUCUUAAAAACCAAGAUUUUUUACAACAGCCUGGAGAAGCCCUCCCAUGCUACCAACCCCUUCCCACGCCGAGAGCAGAGGGUUGUCACCUGUCAGUUUUUAACUGGACAAUGACUGCAAAGAAGGAGAGAAGUAGAAAAUAUAGAGCAAACAUGAGCAUUUUGAGAAAAAGAGCUUGUUAGCAUCAUGGAGUGAUUUUCUGUUUUUAUUUGGGAUAUUUGUGCCACACCCUGUUAGCAAGGGCGACCAGUAUGAAAAUAUAUGGACUACUUUUGAUCGCCCUGGAUAAGAGCGUCUGCAAAUGACUAAAAUGUAAAUUAUUUUUUUUGUUCAUACUUUGGACUGUGCUGUUGUAAGUCAUGGUGGAUUACAGUGUUGUGUGGUGAGCCAAAUGGUGUGGCCGCUGAGGACGGAAACCACACACUACCUGCAACUGGUAUUUUAAGUGUGUAUUAAAAUAAAGUAUUUUUAGGAAUUCUUCUUUUAUAA